GGUCAAGCAUAGCGGUCUUUCCGGUCUGAUCGCUCAAGAAGUACAGUUGAACAUCUACUGCUGGCUCGUCCAUUUCUAAAAAAUGACGUCCAAAGUAUCACGUGAUACUCUUUAUGAGUGCGUUAAUGCCGUACUGCAGAAUUCGAAGGACAAGAAGAGGAACUUCUUGGAAACGGUGGAACUACAAAUAGGACUUAAAAAUUAUGACCCACAAAAGGAUAAGCGUUUCUCAGGCACCGUUAAAUUGAAGAACAUUCCUCGACCAAAAAUGCAAGUGUGUGUAUUGGGUGAUCAACAACAUUGUGACGAAGCCAAAGCAAACGGCAUCCCAUACAUGGAUGCAGAAGCUUUAAAAAAAUUGAACAAGAAUAAAAAAUCUGUUAAGAAACUAGCAAAGAAGUAUGACGCCUUUCUAGCCAGUGAAUCUUUGAUUAAACAAAUCCCACGUUUGUUGGGUCCUGGUUUAAACAAGGCUGGUAAAUUCCCUGGUCUUCUAUCUCACCAGGAAUCGAUGGUUGCAAAAAUUGAUGAAGUAAAAGCUACGAUUAAGUUCCAAAUGAAGAAGGUUCUUUGCUUAUCGGUAGCAGUAGGACACGUAGAAAUGACUCCAGAUGAAUUGGUACAAAAUGUACAUUUGUCUAUUAACUUUUUAGUUUCAUUGUUGAAAAAGCAUUGGCAAAAUGUACGUUCUCUACACAUCAAAUCUUCUAUGGGACCUCCACAAAGAUUGUUCUAAUAAGUUUAAUACUUAUACAUGAUGAAUACAAAACACAAUAAAAUAAUUGAAAAAAAAAA